CCUGCGCUGCUGGCCACCCGCCGGCAGGUCGCAGCUGUUGGGGCCGCCUGUCUGCUCGGUAUGGCCAUGGCUUCCCCGGCCAUCGGGCAGUACCCCUACCCGUUGCUACUGGAUAAGGAACAACAGCUCUUCCUGCAGAGCCUGAGCGCCAACGAACGAAAGAAGAUCCUCAAGCGCUCCGCUUCCAAUGACAUGAAGCAGCCGCCGCCGCCGCCGCCGCGGCGGAGGCAGCCGCAGGAACAAGAACAGCCGCAGCCUCCCCGCGCUGCGGGGGCCACGUCCCAGUGGGGCGCGGACGGCGGUAUCGGGCUGGAGAAGGACGCUCUGCUGGCCGCGAAGGCGGGACGCGCCGAGGCUCUGCGAGAGCGUCCUGCGGAGUGCCGCGGCGCUCUGCCCUUCGCCUCCGGCCGCGGGAGGCCCCUCGGGAGCGUAGUGGAAGCAGAGAGUAGGGCGCCCGUCGGACGAGCGGCUGAGGUCGGCGCCGAGAUUCUCGUGGCACCCAUCCUUGCUGGAGAAGAGGCUGCGAUCGUGGCUCACAUAAUACCCCGGGAGCUGCCCGCGUCCCCCGGCCCCGCAGCCAAGCCCUUCCGCUCCGGGCAGCUGCACCACCAGCGGCUCAGACUGAGAUCCGGAGCUCCUCGCCUGCUGCCUGACGUGCGCACCAUUUUCGAGCAGCCGCGGGACCCCCGAGUGCGAGAGGAGAAGGGCGAAGGACACCGCUUCGAAGGCUUUACCCUCUGGAGGGGCUGGUGCGACCUGUGCGGGGAGGCUGUGCAGCAGCGGGCACUGCGCUGUGCCAACUGCAAGUACACCUGCCAUCAGGAAUGCAGAAGGCUCAUCCAGCUGGAUUGCAGCCAACGGGAAGGAGAGACCCACAACAAACCUUCACCAGAAAAUACUUUAACACAGAACUAUUGUCAGAAUGUAACAAAGACAGUGGAAGAAGCAAAACCUGAGCCUCCUACAAUCCAAGAGCUGAAGGACAAGAUUAGCAAUUACAACUCAAAAGUCAACAAUUGCUUGCUGAUGAAGCUGAAUGAUGAUGGCACUUACACAGGUUUCAUCAAAGUGCACCUAAAACUGAGGCGCCCUGUGACAGUCCCAGCAGGGAUUAGGCCACCAUCUAUCCAUGAUGCUCUCAAGGAGGUCAACUUAGCCAAUAUGACAGAGAAAAGAACAUCAUUCUACCUGCCAUUGGAUGCCAUCAAGCAGUUACACAUCAGCAGCACAACAACUGUGAGUGAGGUGAUCCAGGGACUUCUGAAGAAAUUUAUGGUGGUGGACAACCCACAGAAAUUUGCACUUUUCAAACAGAUGCAAAAAGAUGGUCAAGUUCUUUCUCAGAAGCUCCCAGUCACAGAAUACCCAUUAUACCUCCGGCUGCUAGCAGGCCCUGACACAGAUAUUCUGAAUUUUGUGUUGAAGGAAAAUGAAACGGGGGAAGUUGAGUGGGACAACUUCUCUAUUCCAGAGCUACAGAAUUUUCUAGUAAUACUAGAAAGAGAAGAAAAAGACAAAAUCCAGCAAGUGCAAAAUAAAUAUGGCAAGUUUAAACAAAGACUGCAAGAGGCCUUGAAAGAAGCAAAUGGGAAGCCUGGAUAACCAAACAUGGCUAGCAACAAACUCAAUUUUAGAGUCUAAAUAAAUAAAUAAUUAUAUUUAAAAGAAAUAAAAACAAAACCGAACAACUUUUUCUUUCUCAGGACACUUUUCAGUUUGGCUGUAACCCAAGCUUUGCUUAGAACCAGUAGUUACUGAAAGGGAAGCUGAUAUUCCAAUCCACUGACCCUGUAGAACCAGAAGUGGUCGCUGCUUUUCCUUCUCCAUGGUCCUACUGCCAGAAAGCUCUGCAAUGAAUGCUGAAUGUCUACCUUAUUGGUUGAUUUAUAGUACAAAUGUUAAUGCUGGACCAAAACGGCUUUCUCCCUUUCCUGCCAUCCUGAUACCUCACCUGUGGAUUUGUGUUACGUGCAGUGGAAAUGUAUAGUGAAUGUGCUCUCUGUGGUCAAUUCAUCCACAUAACCAUCAGCAAACAGAAGAAUCUUAGUCUGAUAUUAUGUGAGACACACUAUAAAAUAUGCCAAACAUAUUGUUGCACAAGAAAAUGAACUGAACAAUUGCCAAGGAGGCAGCAGCAGAUCAGCAUGACUGGAGGAAUGGCUGCAGACAUGAGAAAGAGUACAUUCUAUCAGAGGGAAAAGUCCCUCUGAUGUUAGGAUUCUGAUGGAAGUGGGGCAUUGCAUAGCCCUACUUUUGGAACACACUUUCCCCUAAUGCAGAACCAGCACUGAAGGCUUUGGCAGCUGAUUGUUACAUUUACCUUUAUCAAAAUAUGUUGGAAACAUUAGUCACAUAUUACUUGAAAUUUAUGUGAAGACUCUGAAAGGAACAGGAAAUAAUCUUGGGUGUUAUUGACACUCAUAUAGUAGAAAAUGAGUUGCAACUUGCAACUGUUCAGCUUACUGGCUCUCCCACCUUGCAGGUCAUGCAACCUGAUUGAAGGUGUAAGUGCCAACUCGCUGGCUCUGUUCUGUUUCUGCAAAAACCAAGUUGAACUGGAAGAAUGAAAAAGUAAAUGUGACAAUAGAACAAAUAUGAGAAAUGGGCAAUGCACUUAAAAAAGCAGGCAUUGUUAUCUAAGCCCUUAUAGUUAUAUAGAAUUUCCUGUUUGAAGCUAUGCUUCUGAUGUAGUUGCAGCUGUAUGGGAACUGCUUUUCUGCAAGAUGGUCUCACGUAUUUGGAACCUGACUCUGAAUUAUGCACUCACUUAUGGUAGGGACAGAUAAAUCAAGAACAAAUAUGGCAACUUUGGGGCUAUUCAGGCUCAGCCUACAAAUCUACAGGAUUGCCUCACAUUGGAGUAGCUACAGCGUGACUCUGGCUGCAGUUUGCUUGAUAAUGAUGUAGGACGUGAGGCACUCUUUAUUCUCCUGCUUAUGUGGUGGUCAUGUGAGACAAAUGAUUCCUUCGUUAUAUUUCCUGCCGCCUCCCUUUUCCGAGUGUGAUUUCAACAUGAGUUCAUUAAGUCAGACGAGGUUUCAUGUAUUUCCCCUCUGAGGGCUAGCUUAAGCAUGCACAAGCCAUUUAGUCCAGCUUGUAAAUGUCUUGACUCAGUUGCCUGAGCAAACUCAAGGCUCCCUUUCCCCUGCUCUGCAAAUACUAGCCUCUUGUUUAAAACAAACGAUCAUUGCUCUUUCAUUAAUUUGGUAAUCAAGCCAGUACAAAGAGUCUAAUUUUAUUAGGUAAGGGUUAAUCAGUUGUCAGAACCUGAUUAGCCUGAAUGGCCUUCUUUGAAGAUUCUUCAAACAUAUUUGGGGGGGGAGGCAUAUAAAGGGGAAAAUAUGUUUCUAGCAGGGUUAUGCAUAGAGGUGUACCUUGCGAUCAAAAGGAGUGAUUCGAACACCUUAAGGAAAAGCAAGGAGUAAAUUUAACUAAAUUCAUGCUGAAGCAAAGCUACACACAAGCUUCCUCAGGACUAUAGAAAUGGUGGAUGAAACAAAAAAUGUUCCAGUUGUCUGCAUAGUAAGAAGAAAGGGUGAAGUCAUUAAACAUCUCUCUCUCCAAGAGGGAUAUUAUAUAUUGUUUCAUUUUCAUAAAAGAGGGAGGAAAACUGUCUCCUGCUCCUCCCCUUGGCAUGUCUUGAACAUUUCUACAGAAGGCAUGGCUUUUUAUGCAAUUGAUGUGAAUGCUGCUGAGUAAGCCUCCUGCAAACAGGCAGGUGGCUUUUUUCUUUAAAAAUAUUAUAUAGCUAGGGGCAUUAAGCUGAGGGAAAAAAUGAUGAUGCUUAGAUUGGGAGAGAAUGCGGAGCCAUUUGAUCUGUGGUAGAACAGAAGCCUUAGGUAUGGAGGCCCCAACUUAAAAAGCGCAGACUCCUGCUAGCAGUGCCUUUGUUUAGUAUAUUAUGUUGCUUGCAUCUGUUUGUGUGUGUGUGUGUGUGUGUGUGUGUGUCUAUUUUUGUUCAGAAUGGUCAGCUAAAAACCACAUGUACAAUCUGUAUAGAAUGGAAUUAGUGAAAGCCUUUAUGUGGGUAAAUACAUUUUUGCAAUGCUGUAACUUAUUUUUACUACUGUUUCAGCCUUAUGACUUUAUUUAAUGUCACCAUCUGACUUUUUUUUUAAAGCUCCUUCUCACUUUGGUUAUAUGAUGCAAACUGUGUAAGAAACUA